GACUCAGACUCAGUGGUCCUCUCUCUCUUCUCUCUCUCUCUCUCUCUCUAUUACAAUAAGAUGUUUACCUUUUUUCUAAAAUUGGAUGUUUAAGAAACAUACUAAACAUAUUUAAGGUAAACGAGCCACAUCCAAACUAGAUGACAAUCCAUGGUGUGUGUGCUAAUUAAUAUUGAAAGAGCCUGAGGAUCGACAGAAAAGGAUGGGCCAUACCUGUUGCAGCAAACAGAAAGUUAAGAGAGGACUGUGGUCUCCUGAAGAAGAUGAGAAGCUGUUGAAUCACAUCAACACCUAUGGCCAUGGUUCAUGGAGCUCUGUCCCAGAACUAGCUGGUUUGGAGAGGUGUGGAAAGAGUUGCAGAUUGAGGUGGAUAAACUAUUUGCGACCAGAUCUCAAGAGGGGUUCAUUUUCUGAGAUAGAAGAGAGAACCAUCGUUGAAGUUCAUAGGAUUUUAGGCAACAAAUGGGCUCAGAUAGCCAAGCAUUUGCCAGGUAGAACAGACAAUGAGGUCAAGAAUUUUUGGAACUCAUGCAUCAAGAAGAAGCUCAUUGCACAAGGUUUUGAUCCCAACACCCACAAUCUUCUCCCUUCUUCCAAAGCUAACCCUAGUAACAUCAACAACAACAACAAUAAUAAUAUUCAUGCAUGCAAUAUGUUUUCUCCAUCUUCUUUUUUCUCUGUAAAUUCUUCACAUGUCUCAGCAGAUGCUUCCAUAGACAUAUUGGAAGCAGCUUAUCUCACAUUACCUUCUACUUCGUCUCCAAAUGCAAAUCACGAAAGCUCACCCAUAUCAACCUAUGAAUUCCAAAACCCUAAUAUGGUUUGGAGUGAAUUCCAAAACCCUAAUAUGGUUUGGAGUACUACUCCAGUCCAAGAGCAAAUUAAUCCAAAUUUUUUAACAGAGUCCAUGGAGAUAAAUAGUGUUCCAACAAUCUCCACUUCUCACUCGUAUCCAAUAUCAGAGCUUGAAAAUAUUGUAAAUGAGAGCUUUCAACCCAUAACUAAAUCCACAAACCCAGAAGACAUACAAUUGCAGUCACAACAGGAGGAGGCUUGUGAAGUGGUGGAAGAUGAGGAGACAAACAUGGACGUUUCAUUUGGAAGCUCUAACUUUGAUAUGAAUUUUAUGGAGUCUACAGCAUUGCCUUGUGGAAUGUAUAAUUACCAACUGAGUCCAAUGGAUCAACUUGCAUGGAAUGGUUAGACAUUCUGGGA